GCCUUGAUACUAUUUUGGCACAGAAAGAUGAUCUUAAAAAAGAGUACAUUGUUGUAUUCACAAAUAGGAGCUUUAUAAAGGCUAAGCAAAACUAUACUACCACCAAAUUGGAGUGCCUUGCAGAUCUUUGGGCAAUCAAAUAUUUUCAUUAUUAUUUUGGCCUUGACCU